AGGCCGUUCACCGAGGCUCAAAGAAACACGGCAGACGGAACUUUUAACCGUCCGAUUACGAACGAUAUAACAAACCAAAAGUGAAUCAGUCACGUUUUCUUGUCCGCGUUCGUCGCCUAUCAAUAAGUGUACGACUUUUCAUUCGUUACCCUUUGUAACAGAUUCUUGCCUUGAAGUUUGCGAGUUGUAUCAAAGACCUUUCUCGCUUCUCCAAAGCUCCUUUUCGUCUUUCCCUUUCGUUUUCUAAAGAAUAGAAAUUUGAGUAUAGAUGGCCCGUACGAAGCAAACUGCCCGUAAGUCUACCGGCGGCAAGGCUCCAAGGAAACAGCUUGCCACUAAGGCUGCUCGCAAGUCGGCACCUACAACUGGAGGUGUGAAGAAGCCUCACAGAUAUCGGCCUGGAACUGUUGCUCUUCGUGAAAUCCGCAAGUACCAGAAAAGUACCGAACUUCUCAUCAGGAAACUGCCUUUCCAAAGGCUUGUGCGUGAAAUUGCCCAGGACUUUAAGACUGAUCUUCGGUUCCAGAGUCAUGCAGUGCUGGCGUUGCAAGAGGCAGCAGAGGCAUACCUCGUUGGAUUAUUUGAAGAUACCAACCUCUGCGCCAUCCAUGCUAAACGUGUUACAAUCAUGCCCAAAGACAUUCAACUUGCCAGGAGGAUUCGUGGUGAAAGGGCUUAAAUUCACUUUCUCGAAACCCUGAUUGUUGCUUUUGAAUGUAGUAGUCGGCUGAUUUGUUGUUCUUAGGGUAUUUGCAUUUCUAUGAUUUUCCUUCUUUCAAGUAUGGAUUCAUCGAAAUCAGAUGCUGUAAUACUCUCAUAAUUAGACUUUGAUUUGUAUUCAUUUAGGUUUUAGUCGUAGCUGGAUGCCGUAAAACGUUCAAGCUAAAUAUAGUUUUUGUUUGAUAAA